AUGAUCGUGCAAUAUUUCAUUAUUUUUGCUGUAGCGCUAGCCUCAGAAUCGGACUGGCCGAAAUUUUCCAAAGAUUUCGUAAGUAGAGAAAUGCGAGUGAAGAAAGGUGACCGUAUAAGGAUCAAAGUGGGUAAAAAUGCUAACGUCAAAUACAUGCCAGGACCACCUCAUGGCGUUGUUGAUCCGAUUGUGAUCGAAAACGGAAAGCUACUGCUACCAACAGUUUGUUUUUUUUUUUUUUUUGUUAUUUUUAUACGGAAUAUUUUACGUUUCUUUGUGUAUGGAAAUGCAUCUGUCUAA